AUGACAGAUGUGAUGGUGGUUGGGAAGGACUUUGAUUUCGUCAGGGGCUUGGUGGAAGUCGCAAAGUCGGCAACAAAGCGCGUAACUCAGACAAGCAAACAACAACAAGACAAACUUGACCUCUUCAAUCUUUGCCCAAACAAGAACCUGCAUGCUUUGUCUCAUACCACAAAGCGCGAAAGCAAGAUGCCAGCGGCCGAGGGCAUCGUCUUGACACUGGAGUCGCAGUUUGAUGCCGACACAAUCCCCGAGGCAGCCAUACCAGUCAGCGACACAACUCUUGCUUCUGACAACCCACGACUAGUCGAUGUUUACGUCCCCUCCUACCUCGCGUCUCAGUUUUGGAUAUCUUACACGAUCAAUCCAGCCAUGCUCGCACCCGCACUUGCACCCGCACCCACCCAAACACCAACAAAGUACAUUUUCUUCAAGCUCAUCCUCGACGGCGAGUGCAUCGUCAGCUGGGGUGUCGGAGAGGCAGAAGGAUGGAAGGGCAAGACCAUGUGGGCUUUCUUCCGGUCAGAGGACCAAGGUGGCUGGCGCGCUGUCGACAAGCGCGCCUUUUUCUUCCGUGCUACAGGUGACGACCAGGACUUUGACAUUCUCGCAUACCGUGCCAGAGGAAGACGCAGGGCCUGCAGACAAUUUGACGACAUGCCACCAAUGGGCCAACAGGGUUUCGACCUCGUCAGCUGGGGCCGCCUCAAGGAACAUCACCCUCAGAAUUUCUAUCAGUAUGCUCUCCUUGAUCCAAUCGAUCAGCCAUACGCUACCUUUCGCUAUCAUAUCCGAGGAGGUCCCCACGUCCAAGCUCGUCACCCUUGUCAGGACCUUGACCAAAGCAGCAGCAGCAGUUCCUCUGUCGGUAUGCUCAACGAACCUUCCAGGCUGGCGAAAGAGUUCCAAGACGCGUCGAGACUUCGUAGAUUGUCUUACCCACCGACCAUGUGUCUCAUCCCCACCUCUUCAUGUACCGAGCCUUCAUCACCUACAAAGCUCGAUGCAGAGAUAUCGGUACCCCCAGAGCUAGACAUGUCGAUCCUAGACCCAGAGCCAUCCAUCACCGUUGAGAAUCCACCGGAGUCAGAACAACUUUCUUCUGCAAACCCCCAGCUACAUACCUUGGAGCAGAGGGAACAAGAGCACAUCAGCAACGAGACGGUCAUCCGUAAGCAGUCGGUACAAACCCCUACACCUCUGGGUCCGGAGCAGAUCGCGGAUACACCACCAUCAAGCCUCAGAAGACGUAGCGGAGCAAAGAUCAAGGAAUGGUUUGGAAGCAUUUCUAAGAGAAGAGCUACCAGAUCAACAUCCCCUAUACAUCCAUCCUUGUCACACAAGACCAGCUCGGCGUCCCUGUUAUGA